AUGUUUUUUAAUCAUGUAAAGAGCUAUAUAAUUUUAUUCAUUUUAUUUUUUUCAUGUUUUAUAAAUGGUAAGGGUGUUAAUAGAAUUCACAAAAUUUGUGGAAGAAGAAAUUUAAGAGAAUCAAAGGUGGGAUGUAUUUAUUCUUGUUUAAAUGUUAUACCAUAUAAAGGAAGAAUAAUAAAACAUAUAAAUCAAAUUGAUAGGGGGGAACAUAAAAGAAAGAGAAUUAGAAAUAUGAAUAUUUUUUUAUAUAUACCAAUAAAUAAAUAUAUAAAUAAGAUGAAAAAUUAUCAUAAUUUUAGAAAUAUUAUUAGAAAUGAUUCUUUUUUUUUUAUAAAUAAAUAUAUAUUUCCAUUUAAUAUUAAAAAGAUUCAUUCUAGAUGUGCAAAAAAAUUUGUUCUAUUUAAAAAAGGAAAAGGAUCUGAUAACACGAACCCUAUUAAGAAGAAAGAUAAGAAAACAUUUUCAGAAGAAGAGAUUGAAGAAUUAAGAAAAAAGGCUAAAGAAAAAAGUCAAGCUAAUAAGAGUAUAUCUGAAGAGAGUAAAAGAAAGAAAAGUAUAGAAAAAGGAAUGAAACGAAAAAGAUAUAUAAAAAAUCAAAAACAAUUAAAACAGAAAAAAAAAAGUACCAGUGAUGAAGAUAAGAAAAAAAAAGAAUUAAAAGAUAAAGAUGAUAUAGAAGACAAUAUGGAUGUUAAUGAUAUAUAUUUAAGUAAAUCAAAAGAUAAUAAAGAUAAAAUAGGAAAGGAUGAAGAUAUGAAUUCUUAUAUAAAAAAUAUAGAUGAUUUUGAAAAAAUCUCAAACAUGACAAAAAAUAUAAUAAAUGAAAAAGAAAUAGAAUAUCUUCAAAAAAUUGUAGAUUGUGAUGAUCAACUAUUAAAAUAUGAUAAGAGAGAAAAAAAUAUAAAAUUAAAUGUUGAAGAUACUAUAUUCGAUGAAGGUAAUUAUAUGGAAUAUUAUAUAAAUAAUAUUAGUAAAUUCCGUUAUGAUAUAUAUAAUUUACAUAAUAAAAAUGAAUUUGAUAGAUUAACAAAAUAUUUAAAUUAUCAAUAUGUGCAAGAAAUACCAGUCACAUUUCCAACAGACAAAAGUUAUAAUAUUCAAUUAAAAAAAUAUUUUUAUGAAACUAUAUGUGAAUUAAUAAAUAAGAAUAAAGAACGUUUUCAAAAUUAUAUAGUACCACAAGAAAAUAUAUAUCAUUCUAAUGAUAUAAUUCAAAAUAAUAUACAAAAUAGUGAUAUGAACGUAUUGAUAGAAAAAAAAAAUAUAAAUAAUGAUAACAAAAAUAUUGGAAAUAAGAACAUUGUUUUAGAAAAUUUUAUUCGAGAGAAUGAAAAAGAAAAAAUCGAAACACAAACAAAUUCAACAAUAAAUAAAAUAGAAGAAGGAAUAACAAAUCCAUAUGACAAAAGUGAAGAAAAUAUAAUGAAGAAAUAUAUGACAUAUGAUUUAUAUAAUGUUUUGUGUGAUAUUAAAGAUGAAUAUGAAUAUAUGUUUGAUAAUGGUGGUUUAGAAAAAUUUUCUUUUGAUACAAAUAGAAUAAAAAAUAAAGAGAAAUUAGUAUUCACUGGAAAAAAAAAAAGAGCAUUAGCACAUGUCUUUUUAGAAAGAGGAAAUAAUAAUUUAAUUAUAAAUAAUAGAGAUGGUUAUCAAUAUAUACAAUAUCAAAUCUUAAACUUAAAUAAAAUCUUUAGUCCUUUAUUAAAUUUAUGUUUACAUAGACAUUUUAAUAUUAUAGCCACAGUUGAAGGAGGAGGAUUAUCUGGUCAAAGUGUUGCUAUUUUUCAUGCACUUGUUAAAUAUAUUGUUUAUAAUUUCUCUUUAAAAAUUAAACCGUACUUCAGGUCACUUAAUUUUAUGACCGUUGAUAGUAGAAAGGUUGAGAGGAAAAAAUAUGGGCUCAAAAAAGCAAGAAAGAAAAAACAAUAUAGUAAAAGAUAA